AGAUAAGGAUAAGCCCUAAAAAACCUCAUUGAGGAAUUCACCGGACACCGAUUUAAUUACUUAGGUACUUACCUACCUAUUUAACUUUUGUGAAGUCUUUAAGAUUAUAUUAUUUAACUCGAACAAUUAUAAGUACAAUUGUUUUGUUUAUGGAAUUGAUAUCAGAUUUGUUACGGACGUUGCAGUAUGUAUGAAUUCAAUAUUUAUGAUAUAUUCUAUUUUCUUGGUUAGGAUUAUUUUGAUGGUAUACAUUUAUAUUGUUUAUUAUUAAAUAAUACAAAUUUUGAAUUAUGAUAGAAUCGUAUAUUAAUUUCUUUAUUCUAUCAAUAAAGAUGAGUAGAUUACUUUUGAAGAUUUAUCAGAACUUCACCUAUCUAAUAAAAUUGACCUUUAUUCAAAUGUGAUCUACCUAUAGAUGAAGUAGUUAAAAAUUGAUCUAUAAUAUGUUAAACUAAAAUUCAAAUAUUUUAAUUAGGUAAUUGUUAUUUUACUAGGUUAUAAAAAUAUAUUCCAGCACUUUUUAGAAAUUAUUUCAAUAUUUGAUGAAAUGUCUAAAAGUUAAUGUUUUCACUUAUAUUGACUCAGUUUUUGCUUAGCAGGUAAUCAAGUAAGCGGAAAAUUUAAUUUGCUAUGGACAAUAGUAACCAGAUGCCCCAAGUUGAUUUUUCUAAAGACGGUAUUGGAAAGGGAAUUUUACAACAGAUAAAAUUUGCAGAACGUCAGAAUCUAGCACGCGCUAAUAGAUUAAACCGUAUGCGUAGAAACGCCCGUUAUACAGGUUUUAUAUUAAGUGGAAUUGCAUUGAGCAUUUACGGGUAUUCCAUUUAUUCAAUAAAACAGGAAACAUUUUUGGACGAUUUCGAAGAACCACAAGUGGUUAUCAAACAAUAAUAGAAUAUAUAAUUCAUAAUUCAAAAUGUCAGUAGCUCAGAUAAUCCGGCUACCUCCCUUGCCCAGCAUCAGAGAUUUAAUUAAACUAUAUAAACUACGCGCUUUGAAAGAACUUUCUCAAAACUUUUUAAUGGACCCACGAUUGUUAAGUCGUAUUGUUAGGUCAGCAGGACCACUGAAAGAUUGUGAAGUUUGUGAAGUCGGCCCUGGUCCUGGCAACAUAACAAGAUCAAUUAUUCAAAAUAUGCCGUCUAGAGUAUUAGUAAUAGAAAAAGACAAACGGUUCACACCAUCUUUGGAGGUUAGUGUUUAAUUGUUUUCCUUUUUUUUUUUUUUUUUUGGUUUUCUGAUAUUCUAGUAAAAUUUUAAUUUAUCUCAGCUGUUAGCCGAAUCAUCUCCAGUGCCAUUGGAAUUAAUAUUUGGCGAUGUAAUGAAUUUUAAUAUGGAACAAAUGUUCAAUGAAAACAAUAAAAUGGAAUGGGAAGGUAAAUGUCCACCAAUUCAUCUUAUUGGAAAUUUACCUUUCAAUGUGUCAACACCACUUAUUAUUUUAUGGUUAAAAGCUGUAUCUGAACAGUAAGUUAAACGUUUUAUUUAAUUUUUUAGGAAAUUAACUUAUGUAAAAUUAUGCUUAUCAACUUUUAGAAAAAGUGCAUGGAGGUAUGGACGAGUGCGUAUGACAUUAACAUUUCAAAAAGAAGUGGCGGAAAGGAUGGUAGCUCCAAUAAUGACUAAAGAAAGAAGCAGACUUUCAAUUAUGUGUCAAAAUUGGUGUAGAGUUGAACAUAAGUUUAAUAUUCCAGGUAAAACUAUUAUUUUAAAAAAGAUCUUGCCUUAUAUUUUUACUAAAAUUAAUUUUAAUUGUUCAAGGUAAAGCAUUUAUUCCAAAACCAGAUGUUGAUGUGGGCGUUGUGCGUCUUACACCUCUAAAAAAACCAAUUAUUAAUUUACCUUUUGAUAUUAUCGAAAAAGUCAUUCGUUGUGUGUUUAAUUACAGACAAAAACAUUGUAUUCGAGGUAUCGAGUGAGUAAAUUCAAUAAUUUAUCUUUUUAUAAUCUAUGCGUAUGUAUUUAUAUAGUACAAUAGUUUUACUUAAUGGAAAAUAUUUAAAUACAUUUUUAUGAAAAAAUAAACAAUGCUAUAUAAUUUUCUUUGUAAAGUUUGAUAUUCAGUGAACAUCAAUGACUAAUAAUCAAACUCAAUAAAUUUAGGUUCUAACAUUCACUAAUUUUUAUGAAUAUAUUAUUAGGUACUAUAUUUAGUCAAUUAUAGUUAUUUUUUAACUAAAUUGAACUAAGUAGUUAAUUUAUGUGAAUAUUGUUUAUUUUAACUGGGCAAAUAAAAUAAUUUAUUUUAAUUAUUUUCUUAUUCUUUUAAGGACUCUUUUUCCAAAACCAGUCAGAGACCAACUUUCUAAGGAAUUGUUAACCACCGCAGGAAUAGAACCAGACUCGAGGCCGUUUCAAUUAACUGUCAGCGAUUUUGGUCGAAUUUGUGAAGCAUACUUAUCCAUAUGCAAGGAGAAGCCGGAUUAUAUAAAAUACAACUAUCGUGAACGAAAAUCCGACGAUUAUUGGCCAGAUAAUAAAAUUAAUAGUUUAGAUAGUAAUGAAAACAUAACGUUAUUAAAAGAUUUGAGAUAAGUUUUAAUUCAAUUCAAUAGCUUUACUUUACUGUAUAUUUGUAGUUUAUUUAGUUGAUGUUACUGUUGAAUAAUACUGAAAUAAAAUAAUUUGUUCACAUACAGAAGUUAUUUAAUUUGAAAAACAAUCUUAAAUUGCAAACUUUAAAACUUAUAUACUAUUUUGAAAACACGUCAUGAAUAUAAUAAAUAUCAGAUUUAGUUAUAUAGUGUUUAUACAGUAUAAAUCUAAUUAAUUAUUUAGGUAAGAGGAGUUUAGAAUAUUAGAUUUGUAUAAUAGUUUAAGAAUUUACAGAUCAUUGUGUAUGUGUAUAUUGAAUGAUUAAUUAUAAUAUUUUUAAUACAAUAAUAUCAGGUAAAUAUAUUUUUUUAAGUAUGUUUUUUGAAAUAACAAUUAAAAUUUGUUUGAUUGUUUAAAAAAUUAUAGACAUAUUAUGCUAUAUUUUUUAUUAAUAAAUUAAUAUUGAUCCAUUUCAUUGAACCCUGUAAAAUGUUUGGUUGACAUCUUUAUUAAAUACGUAAAGAAAUACACAAUUAAAGUAAUUAGGUACAUUAAACCUAAUUAUUUGACUAGAAACUAAAAUAUUAAUCGUGUAUAAAAUGAAUAGAUAAAUUAUGUAAAUGAAAAAUAAAUAAAAUAAGCUUAGUAGAGUGCACAAAAAUAUAAAAUAACAAGAAUAAUUAAGUUACGACAUAUUUAAAAUUUUAAAUACAAUUAUUGUACUUAUACAAGACAAUGAGCAAUAAUAUUCAAAAACAAUAUUAAUUGGUUGUUCUAAUAGUAGUAUUAUUAGUUUACUCUAACAAUACUAAUAAUUCUAUUAUGAAUAAAUAAUAAAUGUAAUUUAUUUUCAUGGUUCUAAAAGGUUAAAAUUAAGUCACGGUGUUAGAAUCAUAUAAAUAAUGAAGUGAAAAAUAACAUUACAUUUAUUUAUUUGAUAUAAUGCAUGAUAAACUUUUGGUCUAAUAAAAUCUACUAACUAUGUUAUUUUAGUUGCAUAAUUUACUUGACUAAAUUUACUAGAUGGCAAAUUCGAAUGACUCAAUUUUAAUAAUUAAGACUAUAAAUGCAUUAUUAAAAACAGCCUUAUUAAAAAAACCUCCGAAAAACUACUUUUUAAGAUUAACACAGAGAAUUUAACUGGUUAAAAUAUGGUCAAUUAACCACAAAUUAAUUUUAGGUAAUUUAUUGUCCAGACUACACUGUUAAUUUAUUAAACACUGUUGAAUAAAUAAUAUUUAAUAAUUUCAAAAUAUUCUCUAUAAAAUUCUAGUAAAAAUUAUAAAUUGUAAAAUGUAUUUUAGAUUUAAGAAUAUGAUAAUUUUAUAAUUUUUAUCAAAAUAAAAUGUGACAUUAGUUGACCAUACUUGACCGGUCAAUUAACUAAAAAGAAUUUUGACUGGUCAAAUCUACUAUUAAGUAAUUUUGUUAACUUAUUGCUAAUUAUUAAUUAGUAAACAGGUACUAUGCAAGUAUCAAGUUUGAGUAGGUAUACAUUUUUCAUUGAAAUUAAUAAAUAUGUAUAUUUAAAUGACUUAAUCACUUCCAUCAUCUGGGUUAUCUUUAUUUUUGAUGUUAUUAAAAUGACUCAUUAAUUCUUCUUGAAGUUGAAGAACAUGUUCGAUGGGUUUUGGACGACCGUCAUCACCAAUUUUGCAUGGUUGUAUUACUCCUUCUC